AUGAGUUCCAGAGGUAGUCCAUUUGGAGGGAGAGGCAGAGGUGGAGGAGGAAGGGGAGGAGGAAGAGGAGGUGGAGGUAGGAGUCCAGGUGGAGGCCGUGGAGGAAGAAGUCCAGGAGGAAGAAGUCCAGGAGGAGGAAGAGGAAGAGGUGGAGGAAAGGGAGGAGGAGGAAUGAAAGGAGGGUCUAAGGUGCUGAUAGUUCCUCACAGACAUGAAGGUGUUUUUAUGGCAAAAGGUAAAAGUGAUGCAUUAGUAACAAAGAAUAUGGUACCAGGAGUUUCAAUUUAUGGUGAAAAGAGAGUGGAAACAACUGACCCUGAGACUAAUGAGAAGAUUGAGUAUCGCGUUUGGAAUCCAUUUAGAUCAAAACUGGGGGCAACAAUUAUUGGAGGUGUUGCUAAUAUGCCAAUUAAACCUGGAGCAAAGGUAUUAUACUUGGGAGCAGCAAAUGGAACAACAGUUUCUCAUGUAUCAGAUAUGGUUGGCCCUGAAGGUAGUGUUUAUGCUGUAGAGUUUAGUCACAGAUCCGGAAGAGAUUUGACUGAUAUGGCAAAAAGACGUCAAAAUAUUGUUCCUAUUGUAGAGGAUGCGAGAACUCCUCAAAAGUAUAGAAUGCUUGUACCAAUGGUUGAUGUAAUCUUCUCUGAUGUAGCUCAGCCUGAUCAGGCUCGUAUAGUAGCUUUGAAUGCUCACCUUUUCCUCAAGAACAAUGGGUACUUUAUUAUAUCUAUUAAGGCCAGUUGCGUAGAUUCUACUGCAAAACCAGAAGCUGUUUUUGCAUCUGAAAUUGAUAAACUUAGAGCAGAAAAGUGCAAACCAAAAGAACAGCUCACUCUUGAACCUUAUCACAGAGAUCAUGCUGUGGUUAUUGGAGUUUAUAGACCUAUUAAAAAGAAGGAGUAA